CCUGACUGACAGAGAAAGAGAGCGCGAGAGAACUGUAUCGUCAGAAUUCCCCCUUUGGCAAUACAUGCUGAUUGGGUCUCAAAAGCGAGCAGCUUUAAAACUUUUAAUAUUUGCCUCCCGUGUUCUGCCUUGACUGGUCGCGAAGGGCUGUCUCUGAAGCAACUAUCAGACAAGGGAAGAGAUUUGGUCUGCAGUGAGAAUUUUUUUUCAUUGCAAACGUGUGUGUGCGCGCGAGUCUGUGUGCGUGCGUGUGUCUGAGGGGAAAAAAUGUUUUCCGAAACUUUUUUAAGGAUGAUCUACCAUGGAUGUUUCCUGUUUCUUUGUGGGCUUACGCAUGUCAUGGCAAGUUAUCCUAUUUGGUGGUCACUCGCGGUUGGCCACCAGUACUCCUCGCUGGGCACCCAGCCCAUCCUGUGCGGCUCCAUCCCCGGCCUCGUGCCCAAGCAGCUGCGGUUUUGCCGGAACUACGUGGAGAUCAUGCCCAGCGUGGCCGAGGGCGUCAAGAUCGGCAUCCAGGAGUGCCAGCAUCAGUUCCGCGGCCGGCGCUGGAACUGCACCACCAUCAAUGACAACCUUGCCAUCUUCGGACCCGUGCUGGACAAAGCCACGAGAGAGUCGGCGUUCGUGCACGCCAUCGCCUCGGCCGGGGUGGCCUUCGCGGUGACGCGCUCCUGCGCCGAGGGCUCGGCCACCAUCUGCGGCUGCGACACGCGGCACAAGGGCCCCCCUGGGGAGGGCUGGAAGUGGGGCGGCUGCAGCGAGGACGUGGAGUUCGGCAGCAUGGUGUCCCGCGAGUUUGCCGACGCCAGGGAGAACCGGCCCGAUGCGCGCUCCGCCAUGAACCGACACAACAACGAGGCCGGACGCACGUCUAUUAAUGACCACAUGCACUUGAAGUGCAAGUGCCAUGGUCUGUCAGGGAGCUGCGAAGUCAAGACCUGCUGGUGGUCCCAGCCUGACUUCCGGGUGAUCGGCGAUUACCUGAAGGACAAGUACGACAGCGCCUCGGAGAUGGUGGUGGAGAAGCACCGGGAGUCCCGGGGGUGGGUGGAGACUCUGCGGCCCAAGUACACCUUCUUCAAGCCGCCCACCGAGCGCGACCUGGUCUACUACGAGAACUCGCCCAACUUCUGCGAGCCCAACCCCGAGACGGGGUCGUUCGGCACGCGGGACCGCGCCUGCAACCUGACGUCCCACGGCAUCGACGGCUGCGACCUCCUCUGCUGUGGCCGGGGCCACAACACCCGGACGGAGAGGCGCAAGGAGAAGUGCCACUGCAUCUUCCACUGGUGCUGCUACGUCAGUUGCCAGGAGUGCGUGCGGGUCUACGACGUCCACACCUGCAAAUAGGGCCCCCCCUGCCCCCACCACCCCGUGCUGCGCUCCUAUCUGAUCCCCUCCUCUGAUGAAACCGUUUCAACUGAGAGAAGAAGGCAGCAGACGGAGCCAGAAGGCUCAAGACCCUUUUGCUGACGCUCGUCUCGAGUGAGGAGGAGAUGUGGCCUUUUCUUGCGGCUUUUUUACACACGAAAGACACAAAAAAACCCUGUGCAGAAUUGAGCAGACCGCUCCACGAAUAUAAUCGGCGUAGGCGAUAGCCAUUUGGCAAAGAUAUUUAGCCUUGGUCCUAGGUAACCCC